AUGGUGCUGCUAUGGAUGACACUGCUUUUUCUUCAUCAAGGAUAUUCUCUGGUUCCAGUGAAAACAGUUCAGUUUGGUGAAUCAGCGACUUUAACAUGUGCUUUACCAGAUGAAGAGCUCGGCAGCAGAAAAAUCCACUGGUACAAGCAGCGUGUUGGGGAUACUCUUAAAAUCAUUGUGACACUGUUAAAAGCUACAGAGCCUCAGUAUGCUUCACCAUUUUUGGAAGCAAAAUUUUAUGUACGUAAUGAUAAACAUUUUAGCAAACUGACCAUUUUGGAGACAGCCCGAGAAGAUGAGGGAAUGUAUCACUGUGGAAUAACAAACUGGGCUGAUACUGAAUGGAGUGGGACAUAUUUGUUGAUAAAAGGAAACAUUCAAAGGACAUCAAACUAUAUUGUUGUCCAGCAGCCAGUUGAAUCAAAUCCAGUCCGUCCAGGAGACACAGCAGAUCUCCAGUGUUCAGUCUUCUCUGACUCUGAGAACGAGACAUGUCCAGGAGGUCAUAAUGUGUUCUGGUUCAGAGCUGGAUCUCAUCCAAACAUCAUCUACACUGAUGGAAACAGUACGAAUCAAUGUGAGAAAAGAGCUCAGACUCAGAAGAAAUGUGUUUAUCGCUUCUCAAAGAACAUCAACUCCUCUGAUGCUGGGACUUAUUACUGUGCUGUGGCCACAUGUGGGGAGAUAUUAUUUGGCAAUGGAACUACACUGAAACUUGACCAAACAACACAAUCAAUAUUUAUUCAAAUGGCAAUAUUAAUACCCUGUUUGGCAAUUUCUGUCAUUGGAAAUGUUUUCUUCAUCUACAACCGAUGGGUAUGUAAAAAAUUUAAAAUGUGUCUAAAGAUUUUCUUAUCAUCAUCUAAACAAUUUGUGUAUGCUUUUUUUGGUACCACACAGUCUGAAGCUGAUGAUGAAGUAAACUAUGCUGCACUGAAUUUCUCUGAAAGAAAAACAAGAGGAAGAAGGAUGGGCGAGUUCGCUGAGGACAGUGUGUUCUCUCAAAUACUGAGCUGA